CCGCCGGCUAUUUAUACCCAGCUCCACGGAGUUCCAAUCCAUCUCCACAAGCGCCAUCACCACACAAGCUAAUCAAGGUCUCAGCUCCUUCCGAGCUCCACGAUUUCCAGCAAGCAAGCCGAAGCACUAGAUCCUCGAUGGCUCGCAUGGCACUGCUCGCCGUGUUCGCCGUGCUCGCGGCACUGGCUGUGGCGGAGAUGGCGUCUGGGGCGGUGACCUGCGGCGACGUGACGUCCGCCAUCGCGCCGUGCAUGUCCUACGCGACGGGGAAGGCGUCGGCACCGUCGGCGGGGUGCUGCAGCGGGGUGAGGACCCUGAACGGCAAGGCGUCCACCUCGGCCGACCGGCAGGCGGCGUGCCGCUGCCUCAAGAACCUGGCGGGGUCGUUCAAGGGCAUCAGCAUGGGCAACGCCGCCACCAUCCCCGGCAAGUGCGGGGUCUCCGUUUCUUUCCCGAUCAACACCAACGUCAACUGCAACAACAUUCACUAAGUUAUCGGUCAGCAUCAUCACACCAGGCUCUACAUGGAUAGCUAGCCGACGCGGUGUGUCUACUGUUGCUACUUCUGCAUAUGUUCGUUGCUGCUUUCCGCAUGUGUUCGACCUCCAUCUUUUGCCCUUGUUACAGAUCGAGCAGAUUACUGAUCGAAUCAUCAAUAAAAUAAUGUGUUGAGCUUAAGUUUUUAUGA